UUUAGGGGCCCUUGUAACAAAAUGGCAAGAGUUUUCAUCAACAAUGUUGACAGUUACACUGGAGAGCAGCUUGCUAAGAUAUUUUCGAACACUGUAGUUGGUUCAACUGUAGAGGAAGCUGUUGAUGACGAUGAGGUCUCACAACGUGCCCAAGUUAAAUACGAAGUAGUUGGUACUCUCUCAGACAGGACUGCUGCGAAACCAUCUUGUGUCACCGAGAUUGUUGAGGCUAAGAAUGUAGACGACCUCCUUACAGCUCUCAUCCAGUGCGAUGUUGUUGUGUACGAUGUUUCAACUUCUGAGUCCGAGGUUGAGGACUGCUUGCUGGCUUGUAAUGCCCUUCAUGAGCAGAUUGCCAACUUCAAAAGCCCAAAAACUUUUAUCUGUUUAUCAAGUGUUAUGACUUGGUGCAAGACGAAACCCAACGAACCGGUUAGAUUGAUGGAACCGGAACAGCCAUUCACAGAAGAAGAUUAUCGCAGAAGAAAACCCCAUCCUAAUUUCAAGAGCGAGAUUAAUGUCGAAAAACAAGUUAUCAAGUUGGGCAAAACGGACAAAACCAGGUUCCUGACUUAUGUUGUGGCUGCGGGACUUCCGUACGGAGGAAAAGAAGACAUUUUCCAUUACUUCUUCAAGGUGGCUUGGCACGGUGACACAGAGGCUCUGAACAUCAUUGGAACAGGAGAGAACAUCAUCCCCUCAAUACAUGUCCAGGAUCUCAGUAACAUUGUUACCUCUGUUGCAGAUGCUAAACCCAAAACUCGUUAUAUUGUAGCUGUUGAUGAUUCGAUGAACUCUAUGACUGAUAUUAUCACUUGUAUAAGCAAGAACCUGGGGACGGGAAACGUGAUGAACAUAACCCGAGAAGAAGCGCUUCUAAUCCCGGAGAUUAGUCAGAGAGUGUUUGAUAUUCUCUCUGUCAACUUAAGAAUGGAGGGUACCUGGAUUAAAGAGGGGGCAAAGUUUGAGUGGGUAUCAGAGACAGGAAUCCUUGAGAAUAUAACAACAGUUGUAGACGAGUACAAGAGAUCACGAGGACUUCUGCCAAUAAGACUGUGUGUAAUGGGACCACCAGCUGCAGGGAAGUCUCUGAUAGCCUCCCAGCUCUGCCAACACUACAAACUGCAUCACCUCAAGAUAGCUGACGUUAUACAGCAAUCCAUAGAAAAGCUGAAAAACAUCACGCUAGCUCAUGAGAAGCAGGCAGCUAGAGCGGAGUCUGAGGAAGGAGAGGAGGAUGACGAGUCAGCCCAGCAGGCUCAGGAGACCCUGGACUUGCUGAACGAGAGUAAACAGGAGAAUAAUGAUCGAUACGAAGACCAGUACAUUAUCCAGUUCUUCACGGAGAAGUUGCUUUCUAUGCCGUGUCAGAACCAAGGUUUUGUGAUGGACGGGUUCCCCAAGACCUACAGUCAGGCUAAAGAGCUGUUUGGAAAUAAGGAGGAGGCGGAGGACGAGGACGCACCCAGAUUGGAAUUCAACUCUAAAAUCAUGCCAGAGGUGGUAAUCUCGCUGGAUGCGGAAGACGACUUCCUGAAAAAGCGAAUUAUGAACCUGCCGGAAUCAGUUGUAGCAGGAACUCACAAUACAGAGGACCUGUUCCUAAAGCGACUAGCUGAGUUCAGGGCCAUCAACACAGACGAUCAGACUGUGCUGAACUACUUUGACGAGCUCGAGGUUCACCCUGAGCAUCUCAAUAUUGCAGCUGAUACUUCCUCUAACAUGUCCCAGGUGAUGGAGAAAAUUGUAAAGACUGUUGGUAAGCCCAGGAACUAUGGUCCUACUCAAGAAGAGCAGUUAGAACUUGAACGGCUCGGAAUGGAAAAGAAAAUCAAGAAAGAAGCUCUGGAGAAGUUGGAACUUCAGAGGAAAGAAGAGGAGGAAAAGAAGGAGACACAACGCAGAAAAGAAGAGUGGGCAACCCGUGUAAAAGAGGUGAAGGAGCAGGAGGAGGAAGUGCUGCAAGCUCAGAGCUACCCUCUGAGAAACUACCUGAUGAAGCAUGUCAUGCCCACUCUUAACCAGGGUCUUAUUGAAGUGUGCAAAGUUAGACCUGAGGACGCUAUUGAUUACUUGGCGGAGUAUUUGUUCGAGCACAACCCACAAGUGGAUUGAUGUGUAACUGAGCGACACCACACUGCCGGUUCGGACAUUGAGAGAACGGAUAUAUCCUGUCACAUUCCUUGGAUUCCGGACCUGGAGACCCCAACCUCCGAACUGGCCGCGGUGGAGCAUGAGAUACAUGUGUGUGCUCCCCGAAGUCGAGACAGUUUAGAAAGAGGACAAGGCGGCCCCAUCUCAAGAAACAAAUAUUGGGUGGGGCCGCAGCUCCUUCACUCUAGAUGUUGAAUAGUAUGGUGUCGUUCUUUGCCUUUUUCGAACAAUUUACAGGGAUCUAGAUUUAAAGUAAGAGGCAGCUCUGGAGUGUCGAGUUAGCUGUCGCUUGAAAUAUGCUGAGAUUUAUCUUACAUUACACGAUCGAAUCCAAAA